AUGAGUGAAGAAUAUUUAAAACUGUAUGAUGAUUUUAUCAUGGCGUAUGAGAAGCUCUAUCACUUGCAAUCGGAUCAGCCUAUUGAUGAAGUUUUUAAUCUUAUUAAUACUAUUUUAGUCGAUAAGUACAACAUAUCGCUAUUUACAAUUAUAGGAAAUAUGAUUUAUGCAACUAGGUACAAUUUCCGUUCUUGUUUGAAAUAUUUGGAAUUAUUGAAUCAAUUUUUCAAAAAAUAUUCGAUAGCAGAAUCAGAUGUGAUUGCAUAUUGUCCAGCAAUCUAUCCAGAAUUUGAUUUCUUUGCUAAUAUGGAAGAAAUAUGCCAAUUUAGAUUUUGGAAAUCUAUGAUCAAAGGUGAAGAUUCUAUUGAAUAUAUUAUAAUGCAUGAUUUAAUUGAUAAAUUUAAAGACUAUUCUAUUCGCCACCAAAUCGAUGAAAUUUUGAUUAAUAGCCAUCAAAAUUCACGUCUUUCUUUAAUUGAAGCUUGUGCAAUAUAUGGAUCCGUCAAUAUAUUUUAUUUUAUUCACUUAAACAUGGAACAGGAAAUAACCCAAGAAUGCUUACAGUGUUCUAUAAUAGGUGGAAAUGUCGAUAUUAUUAACGAAUGCUUAAAAUUCAGAAAUCUUGAUAAAGUAUGUUUGAUUAAUGCAAUUAUGUCUCAUAAUAAUAAUUUCCUCGAACACAUUUUGCGGCAUGAUGUCAUUCAGAAAGAUGUGUUGUUAUCUAUUUUUGAUUCCAUAACUGACAUAAUUGAAUCGCAAAACUUAAAAGCUUUUUUAUUAUUUUUCGAAAAGGAUAAGAACACUGCUAUUCCUUGGUGCGUUGGCUUCCCACAAAUAGUUGAAAUACUUAAUGAUGAUGAAAUUGAUUUCUUGAAAGUUGAUGAUGAUAAUUGGAAUAUUCUCCACUAUGCUGCCGUUUAUAAUAAUAUCGAUAUCUGUGGAUUAUUACUUUGUUGGCCUGAAAUUUUCAAAAAAUUGAUCAAUUCAAAAACUUGUGACGAAUCUCUAUCUCCAAUUCACAUAUUAAUAACAGAAGGUAAAAGUAACACUUUGAUGAUAUCAUUUCUAUUAAAUGGAGCAGAUGUAAAUGCAAAGGAUUCUUCAAUGAAGACUCCUCUUCAUUAUGCAGCUAGUGAAAAUAACGUGCAACUAGCCUUUACUCUUUUGAAAUUUGGCGCAGAAAUAAAUGCAAAAGAUGAGAAUGAGUGUACUCCACUUCAUUUAGCAUUUUAUCAUAACUGCAAUGAUAUGAUAACUCUUUUAAUUUCGCAAAAGGCAGAUGUUAAUGCAAAAGAUAUUAAUGGAGAAACGCCUCUAAAUAUUGCUAUUUACCGAUGCGAUCUCUACAAUGUAAUUAUUCUAUUAAAAUUUGGUGCAAAUGUUAUUGAAAAAAAUAAAUCAGGAUUAACUGCCCUUCAUUUGGCAGCAAGUGAAGGUUAUAGUGAAAUAGCAGUAUAUCUUAUUUUUCACGGUGCAAAUAUUAAUAUAUUAUCAAGUAAUGGUAGAACUCCUCUUCAUUUAGCUGCGGAAGCUGGAAAGUUAGAAAUGGUUCUAAUUUUAAUUUCUUAUGGUGCUGAUAUUAGUAUAAAGGAUAAUCAUGGAAAUACAGCAUUUGAUUGUUCAUUAGAUAAUGAUUUUACGAAUGUUUCAAAUUAUUUUAUUAGAAUUGGGGUAGAUAUUGAUGAAAAAAAUGAAAAGGGAAAAACUCGCCUGCACCAAGCAAUAGAUGAACAGAAUAAAUUCAAAACCAUUUAUCUUAUUAAGAGCAGCGCUUCUGUUCAAGUCAAAGACCUUGAAGGUAAAACACCACUUCAUUAUACUACAAUAAAUAAGUAUCUUAACAGAUAUGAAAUAAUGGAAGAACUCAUUUCUAAUGGUGCAAUAGUAAAUGAAAAAGAUAACGAUGGAAAAACUGCCCUUUACUAUGCAGAAUUAAAUCAUGAUAAAAAUGCAGUUGAUAUUCUCAUUAAACAUGGAGCACAACAGAAUUGA